AUGGAUAAUAUUCAGUUAUCUAAACCUCUUCUAAGCGAUGUCAAAUCAUUAGAAAAAGCUGCUCUUCUGUCUAUGAUCGUAGAUACGGAGUUCAAACCUAACCAAAUCAAUCCUACCACUGUUCAAGUUAACAAUGAUAAAGCACAGCUAGAUCCAAUGAAAGAAGCUCUAGUUAAUAUUUCAGUUGUUUUCAACUGUCUCCUACCUUCAGAAGUCAAUGUGCCUUACCAAAUUCUUGACACGGUAAGGCUGUCUGACGAAGUCCAUUAUGUCGCCUGCACUUAUGAAGGGCUUGCCCUUUAUUUCGACACAAAGACCAGCAAAUUCGAUGAGAAACAAAUCGGCAAUCUACUGCGCUUUGUUGUUGUCCUAAAAGGAGAACAAAAAGCAAUCUUCUCUGGCGAAACCACUCUUCAUGAAGUUAAGCUUCCUUCCCUUCUCCCUGUAAAAGAAAAGACCUUGGAUUUUGGUGUUGAAAUUCCAAAAAUGAUCCAGUCUUAUGAUAAAAAUUCUUUAUAUGUCUUAUUAAAAGAACAAAAAAUCGUCAAAGUUAACCCUGAAAAUUUUGAAGAAAGAGAAGACGUUCUUGAAGGAAAUUUCACUCAAAUGGCUUUAUCACGGAUUGGAGAGUUUGUAACUUUUUCAAAGGAUGGAAAUUUGACAUUGAAAAAUUUAGAAACUUCAAGCCAAAAUGAAGUGCAUAUAGAUAUUGAGGAAAUUUAUUAUCUGGAAUUUUCUCCUAACGAAUCCAAAAUCAUAGUAGCUUCUUUAAAAACUGUAGUUAUUGUCAAUGUAAAUCCUUUGGAAGUCAUUAAAGUUUUCAAAAUGAAAGAAGACGUUUACUCGCCUGUUAUAGCAAAUGACGAAAAUACACUUAUAUUAGGAAAUCAAAAUGGAAAGCUUACAUUUUGGGACAUUAAAAACAAAGAGCAAAUCUCAGAAGUCCAAGUCCAUAGUAAGCCCCUUUAUUUUGUUAAGCUUUCCUCUGAUAUACACAAAUGGGUUUGACGGGAAAUUCUGCUCACUGAGAUUUCCUGAGUUUACUAA